UCCACGGAGACCACUUGUCUGCAGCACAGGGUAGAGCACCUGAUGACAUGUAAGCUGGGGACUCAGAAAGUCCAAGAGCCCAAGGAUGCCCUGAAGAAGCUGCAGGACAUGGACGCUCAGGGCCGGGUGUGGAGUCAGGACUUGUUCCUGCAGGUCAGAGAUGGCUGGCUCCAGCUGCUGGACAUCGAGACAAAGGAAGAGCUGGACUCUUACCACCUGGACAAUAUCCAGGCCAUGGACGUGGCGCUCAACACUUGCUCCUACGACUCUGUCCUGUCCAUCACAGUACGGGAAUCAGGCCUGCCAGGCACCAGCACCCUGUUCUUCCAGUGCCAGGAAGUGGGGGCAGAGCAACUGAGGACCAACCUGCAGAAGGCCCUGAAGGAAGACCAACAGCAAAAACCCCAAUCCGGAGCCCUUUACUCAAGCCAAGACAGAUGGAGGGGGCCCCCUCUGGAAAGGCCAUUCUCUAAGGAGCAGUUACCCCUUCAGGAGCAAGGGCCUUCUCCAGAACAGCCCUACUGGAUGACCCAAGAGCACAACAUGCCACCAUCCCCAAGAUCCCUGCCACACAACUUCAAUGCCCGAGAACCAAGCGCCUUGCCUCCUCCAAGGGAGUCCCCAUCCCCCGAUAACCCAGAGAGGGAUGAGGAGAUACUAAACCACGUCCUUCAAGACAUCGAGCUGUUUGUGGGAAAGCUGAAAGACGCCCAGGGAAAGAACAGUCAUAAGAAGAGACUGGGGAAGAAAAAGGGCAAGGAUCAGUGGGGGAUAACACAGGCACAGUACAUCGAUUGCUUCCAGAAAGUCAAGUACAGCUUCAACCUCUUGGGGAAGCUGGCCAUCUGGCUACAGGACAAGAACGCCUCCGAGUUUGUGCACAUCCUCUUCCAACUUCUAGACUUUAUCCUGGCCCACUGCUCUGAGCCCAGCCUAGCCACCCGUGUGAUUUCACCCCUCCUCACCCCCAAAGCCAUUGACCUGCUGCAGUCCUGCCUAAGCCCACAUGAGAGUGACUUCUGGAAGGCUCUGGGUGUGGCCUGGACUACCAGCCGGGCCGACUGGACAGGCAGUGAACCCCCGCCUUACCAACCCACAUUCUAUGAUGGCUGGAAGCUUCCAGAACACUCCAACCAGGCACCCUCAGGAUACCAGGACUCUACUUCCCCCCGCCCUGCAUUAGGGAGCACCUACUUCACUCAAGAGGAGACACAUAACCAUGGCCUUCAGCCCGGGGACCCCAAUCACGUGCCCUCCAGCCCCAGAUUUGCCAAGCCAGCCCUGAAAAUGCAAGUUCUCUAUGAAUUUGAAGCUAGGAACCCACAGGAACUGACUGUGGCCCAGGGAGAGGUGCUGGAGGUUCUGGACCAGAGCAAGCGGUGGUGGCUGGUGAAGAAUGAGAAGGGACAGAGCGGCUACAUUCCCAGCAACAUCCUAGAGCACCAACAGUUGGGGUCCCAGAACCAGCCGCCUUCUCGGGUGCCAAUGCUUCGACCUAGCUCAACACCUGAGGAGGUCACAGCAUGGCUGCAGGCAGAGAACUUCUCUACCAUCACGGUGAGGAGCCUUGGGUCCCUGAGAGGGGACCAGCUGCUUCACAUGAGACCUGGGGAGCUCCAGAUGCUGUGUCCGCAGGAGGCGCCCCGGGUCCUGCCGCGGUUGGAAGCUGUCAAACGGAUUCUAGGGAUGAGUCAUUAGGCACCAGCCCAAACACCUCUAAGACCAAGAGCCUCUCACAAGCAAGAUGGCAGAUCUGAUUCUUUGUGAAGCCCUGAGAAGUCCACUCUGACGUCCCCAGUUUGCAGCAAACCCCUCAUCCCAGCUCACACAGCAAAGAGAACGAGCAAGCCCAGAGGUUGGGACAAAUGGUUCCCUUUCUCACUGUGUUGAGGGACCCCCUCUGUCCCCGAGUUACCACCUAUUUAUUGUAUCUCUUUCCUAAGCCUGGAGCACUAAUGCCAGAUUUGUUGGGACUCCGCUCAGCCCCUUUCCUCCCCAAUAAAAAGCAUCUUUGAGCUUCGUA